GGUAGGACCACUUAUCGAUAGCCAGGUGCGUCAUAGGCUCUCCAAUAAGGCAACGGCCCUUUGCAAAUUCCGGGGUAAAUAGUGCUCGGGCGAUGCGCUAGCGCUAACUGGACCCGGCGUGCCAGAGCUCUAGUGACCCCUGGUGCUGUUCUUCAAGCCGAGAUCUCAUGUGAGCGAGCAUGUGCCGUUGGUUUCUUGAAUCUCGAGCUGUCCAGUCACUACAACACCACCAACAACAACAAUACCCUCACCACCUCUCUUGUCCUAUAAUAUGUUCUCCUUCAAUUGAAGAAUCAAUCAUCUUCCAAUGAUAUCGGUACAAGCUCUCCUAUCCAUCCCUAUCUUCCCGUUUUGCGCGCCGACCGAAAGCGACCUGUCCUCCCUCCCCCAAUACCCAGAAUAGCCGAGGCACGAUGACGUCCGCCAUACACAGCAUGAAGGCCGCCAUCGAGCGCGUGCUUCGCGACCCAGCGAACCAUGACCUCCUCGCCGUGGUAAAGGGUGCGCGCAACGGCGCAGUCUACGGCGCCAAGGUGCGCUUCCCGCACGCCCUCGUCAUGGUCUUCCUGUUCCGCUCGGGCACCUUCCGCGACAAGGUCGACCUCGUCUUCCGCGCCACGCGAACCCACGCCCGCAACCUCGCCAAGUUCGCCACCAUUUACAAGCUCAUGUGCUAUGCGCUCAAGCACUACGGUCCCACGCCGGGGAAGGAGGGUCCAUACGACACGCUCCUCGCCGGUCUAGUAGGCGGCUACUUCGUCUUCGGCCGGCGCUCGCGGUCCGGCAAGAUCUCGAGCGUGAACCAGCAGAUCGUCAUAUACGUCUUCGCGCGCGUGGUGCUCGCCCUAGCGCGGCUAGCCGUGAAGCCAGGCCGUGGCCUCCCCGUGGUAUCGCAAGAGGGCCCCUCGGCCCUUAUCAAUCACUACGCGUGGCCCGUCUUCGCCGCCGUCUCCUGGGGCAUGGUCAUGCACCUGUUCCGGCACAACCCCGACGACCUACAGCCCAGCCUGCGCUCUAGCAUGAACUACAUCUACGUGCAGUCCAACGAGUGGGAUGGCCUGAGGAAUUUCCUUUGGCAUAAUAAAUAGAACGGGGACAGGAAAAGUGUGGGAAUGACUUGAGUCAGGUUUCUAUUUUUACAGCGAAGAAUAAAGGGGUGAAAUGUUUUGAUACGAGUGGCUCGUUACCUUCAUCACAUGGCGUUCUGUUGUUGCUUUCUGGGUUCCUCCGGGCUAUCUCUUUUAGUAUACUAAGCUCGAGCUGGGAACCACUUGCGCUGGUGACGCAGCUAGCACAAGGCUUGCGUGCAUUUGUUACAUUUCACAUCCAAGAGGUAGAACAUUUUGUUCUUAUGUCCUAGAAAGGCUUCAUUUGCCAUAUAUAGGAGGUGCAUACACUACAAAGCUGGAUGGUUAUACGUAUUGAUGGAUGCGCUCCUGAAGUUUACUACUUGUGCGCUUGACUCUGGCUAUUUAUCUUAAAGUCUAUAAAUGCUUCCAGCCAUUCUCCCACAUAAUCUGCAUCUCAUUAAUGAGACAGGCCGCCCCAGGCUCAUGUCGUGGUGGUUGUCCAUGAGGUGUCUCGGCCUUCCACUGCUCUAGACGCUUUGUCACUA